GCCGCCAACACCCUGUCGCUUACAAUAACAGCAACUAAUUUCCAUUUGUUAAGUGACCACACCUCAUAGCAGCGCUCCUGCAGUUGCAGCAAACAGCAAAUAUGACGAACGCACUGAGCCGCUUUCUGACGCCCGUCGCGUGCACUUGCAAAGACUUCACUCACCCAUGGACAGAUAGUUGUGCGAAUGCAUCGGCAGGCGUAUUGCUUGCAGCGAUACCAUAUAGCUUACGUAUCUACACAAUGGUUUAUGCGCUCUCACUCCUGAUGCGACAUCGCAUACCACGGCUCGGCGAUCUCAAGCGCAACCUGCACGGCAUCAUACAAUCGACCGCCUUCCUCGUCUCCAACGGUUACACAUUUAUUUUGUUCAAUUGCCUGCUGCGUAGACUUAUUGGCCACUAUGUAUGCGCCACAGUUGCCUUCGUGCCCAGCUUCAUAUCCAGCUAUGCAUCGAUACUUAUCGAACGACCUGCACGUCGACCAUUGCUUGCGUUGUAUAUGGCCAACUUGGCCACCGAAUCUAUAUGGAAUAUGGCUGAGGUGCGCGGUUAUGUGCGUUCGAUACCACAAGGACAGACUUUAAUAUUCGGCGUUAGCAUAUCAGCGCUAUUGUAUUUGUAUCGAUUGGGUCUGCAUAAAACCACCUGCAAGGAUUCGCUAUUCAAUGUCUUGCGGUUUUUUGUGGAUAAAAGAGAAGAGGGUCCGGUAGUAGCGAAGGCGGGGUGCGAGGGUGCAGCGACGGCAACGGCGACAGCGACAGAAGCGUCCGUUAGUGCUGCAUCAACGUCCUCAUCUGCCAAUACUCAACGCUCUCGCUCACCACUUGACUUUCGGAGUAUAAAUGUACUCGUCCAGAUCUAUAGUCGUUUCUUGGAUGCGGUGAAGAGUAGGCAUCCCUCUUGCCCGCAUCGUGAUAAUUGUUGGCAUUAUGCGCUAAUGGGUGGUCUCAGACCCUUUGUUGGCGGUAUUGGUUUGCAGUUGGCUUUGAGGCUGAUCAUGAAUUUCAAGAAAAUAAUGCAAUUCAAGUUAGACGUUCGAAAGACUAUAUUCAAUAAGGACACACUAAAUUUGGGCAUAUUCCUGGGUUGGUUUUCCUUCUUAUAUAAGGGUGUUUCCUGUACGUUGCGGCACAGUUUUGGUCGCGAUGAUCCGCGCUUUGCGAUACCAGCGGGUCUGCUAGCCAGCACAGCUUUCACAAAAUAUCCCGACGUGACAGUGGCGCUGUAUGUUAUGUGGAAAGCACUACAG